AUGUCCUCCUCUAUCAAACGAGGCAGAGUCGGGGCUGGACCUAACGCACAACCUCGGGCCGCGCCUCCCUCCGGGACCCAGAUCCGCCCCUUAGGACUCACCGUGCCGCGGAGCGCCGGCCCGGGUCGCGCAGCCCCUCUGCCGCCACUGCUGCUGCUUGAUCCUCGGGCCCUCCGCCGCGAGCUCGGUCCUCGAGGUAGCGGUCAAUCCAGGGGGGACUCCGGGACACACAGCCUGCGCCCUUCGGCGAUCACCCCACAGACUCCGCGGUCCUGGUCACCAGAGGCCCCAGACAGAAAACCAGGGCGGCGGUCACCUGGACGGACAGGAAGCCAGGGCGAUGCCGCGGCGAGGCGCAUGCGUGAACACGCACGCAGGGAGAACUGCACAUGCGCAGGACGCUGCCGGAAGCCUGCGGGAUCCCUGCUCGGACUCUAUUUCCCAAAAGUCUGCGCGCCGCCGGACUUAGGGAAUGAUGCAAAGGUCUCUGCCUCGUCCUGCGCCCCAACAGUAGAACCCAGCCUCCUACCUCAGUCCUCCAGCCAGAAGAGGAAGACAGAAUGGUCAUCAGAUUCUGGGGAAGAGCUGGAGGAGGAUCUGCCUGGCUUUUUGGACUCAAACCCCAGGGUAGAACCUGGCCUCCAGAGUGGGUUCUCUGGCCAAAAGAGGAAGAGGGAGUGCUCAUCUGAUUCACAGGAGGAACUAGAGGAUCUGGAUCCUGAGCCUAAGCACCCCUGGGAUGUGGAGACACUGUGUGGGCUCGAGAUGACGUUAAAGAGACAGCGUGUGUACCUGGUGCAACCAGAGCACCAUGAAGUCUUUGCCAGGCUGCUAGAGGAUCCUGUUGUCAAAAGAUUCCUGGCCUGGGACAAGAAGCUGAGGGUGUCUGACAAGUACCUCCUGUCUAUGGUCAUAGCUUAUUUUAGCCGCGCUGGCCUCUUCUCCUGGCAGUACCAACGAAUCCACUUCUUUCUGGCUCUCUACCUGGCCAAUGAUAUGGAAGAGGACAACCAGGCUCCUAAACAAGACAUCUUUCAUUUCCUCUAUGGGAAGAGCCACGCCCAGCGUCCCUUGUUCCACAAGCUGCGCUAUCAGUUCAUCCGUUCCAUGGGCUGGAACACUUGGGUUUCCAGGGAGGAGUGUGAGGAGAUUCAAACUUACAAUCCGGAACUCUGGGUGUGGGGCCGAGAUCGUACCCUCAAUCCCUAGAAGUCAUAGGUCCAUGGAGGCCUGAGGUCAUUGGCCUGAGAGGAGAUCACUGGGGGAGACACAUUUUCAGCAGAAUGUCUAUGGGGACACAGGGAGUCAUGAGAAAGGAAGAGAAGAACCUCUGUAUAGAUAGUCCAGAAGAACCAAGACUCUUCUAGAACAGCUGCAUGUUUGCUAGAAUUGUAAUCCUGGGAGCUGGGGGUAGGGGGGAUACUUCCCCUGGGAAUGAUGAGAAACUGGUUUCUUCUGGUUCCAUGGUUUCCUGAAUCACUCCCUACAUUUUAGAGUGUUGAAUACAAAUCAUCCUUGAGGUAAAAUGUCAGAGUCCUACUUUUUAUAUACAGUUACUACAGUCUAGGACCAUUUGAAGAUGGCAUGCAGGGGUUCUGGUGGAGAGGGAAUUACUUUUAAACAAGAAAUUAGAACCAUAGUAUUGUUAUACUUUUGCUACAUAUUUCGCAUUUUAUUGGUUUAUUUUGAAUAC